GUGAGCGCCUGCCUCGCUGCGUUGCCUUGGCAACGGCCUGGCGCGUUGAUGACCACCUAAGGAUUGUGGGCCGGUGCCGGGUCUGGGCCACUCUUUCUCAGCUUUUAAGACCUUGCAGCCCGGUUGACCCGAUGUUUCAUGGGACAAUUAUAGAAGAAUUAACCAAUCAUGAAGAGUGGAGUCACUAUAAUGAAAAUAAAAUAGAAGAUCAAAAAGAUUUUGUUUUUAUAAAGUUCAAUGGCCUUCAUUUAAAAUCUAUGGAAAUUUUGCAAUCUUGUAUCUCUCUUAGAGUAUGCAUUUUCACAAAUAAUUUUAUUACUGAUAUACAUCCACUUCAAAGUUGCAUAAAAUUAAUAAAACUUGAUCUCCAUGGAAAUCAGAUAAAGAAUCUACCACAUACUGAAUUUUGGAGUGGAUUGAAGAAUCUGAAACUCCUCUAUCUUCAUGACAAUGGGUUUGCAAAGUUGAAAGAUUUAUGUGCAUUAUCUGCCUGUCCAGCACUCAUUGCUCUCACCAUGUUUGAUUGUCCAGUAAGCCUUAAAAAAGGAUACAGAAAUGUUCUUGCUAACAGUAUUUGGACUCUCAAAGCUCUGGAUCAUCAUGUGAUUUCUGAUGAAGAAAUAAUUCAGAACUGGCAUCUUCCUGAAAGAUUCAAAACAUGUAACAGCCGACUUUUCUUUAACUUCAGCCCUGCUUUGAGAAAGGGAAAAACCUAUGAGGAUGAAAUUAAUAAUAAAUAUAUUAUUUCAAGAAUUAAUGUAAUUCUGGCCCAUAACUCACCAGUUUUGAUCAUUCAGAGAUGGAUAUGCGGUGUCUUAGUUAGAAAACAUUUCAGCCAUUCGUUUUUGUGUAAAAAGCAGCAGGAGAAAAUUAUUAGAGACUGUGACACCAAAUGGAUUUACAUAACCAAAGACAAUGAAGACAAAGUCAUUAAGGAUAUCUUUUCCAAGUCUGAAACUAAAAUAAAAGGAAAACUUGCACAUUGCAAACAUGAAAUUUAUCAUCAGAAUGUGUCUCCUGUUGAUGCAAAACUGUCUACUGAACAUAGAAAAGAUGUUUCCCCUAUUUCAUGUGAAUCAAAAACCAAAGAUACUGGCAGUAAAUAAAAAAAAUCAAGACAUCUCAUUCAAAAAGGUCAGGAAUCUAAAGAUGAAAUUGAGGAUGAAGAAUUGGAUGCCAGUUUUAGUAUAUCAGCGCUCAAACUACCCAUAUGCACUUCAGGUCCACUGAAGUAUGCUGAUGCAUUAAAAAAAAAAAGCAAGAAGUUUUUUCCUGCCCUCACCCAACCAUUUUCUAUCACUCAUACAAAACCACUAAUUAAAAACGACACAGUAUCAGAGAGGAAGAGAAGAGAGCGAUUUCCUACACAGGGACCUGGAAUAAAAUUCCAAAUGCUUAAUUAUGUUGAUAAAUAUUACAUAGAACAAAAGAAGCAGGAACUCCAUAAAGAAAAAGUAGCAGCUGUAGCCACAGCGCAGGCUGCCCAAGAAAGAAUUAGCCUAACUGCUUAUGAAAAUUUAAACAAGAAAAAAUAUAUUGCACAAGAACUAAUUGACAGAUAUAAGACAAUUCAGAGAGGUUUACAGCGACUUUUACAGGAAAGAUUAAACUAUCUUGCAAAAGCAAAAGAGAGAAGAAUGCUCUUUCUAGAACAAAAAAAGGCUACAGACCACUUAUUAAUUCAAAAUUUAAAUAAUGAGCGUACCCUCUUGCUCAAAGGAAUGGCUAAAAUCGACAGAAUGAACAAGAGUGAGGCUGUCCUAAAAGAGAAAAAAUUGAUGGUUCAGGAAGAACUUACAGCAGAAAAAUAUCAGAAGAUUUUACAUAAGCACAUGAAGGAAUAUAGGGCUCAGGAAAUACAUAAAAGACACUGUGAAGAGAAGUUUGUUCUUGAUAUGAUUGCUUCUCAAAAAGUCUGUCAAAGAUUUCAAGAUGUUAAAACAAAAGUUGCAACUGUGAAAACAAGCUUUUAAAUUCCCAAUGGAAUGACAAAAUGA